AUGAAGAGCUAUUUGAUCACCAACACCGUGCGACCUCGUGCUACGUACACGUUAAUGCAGCAGAUCUGUCAUAUGAGCACGCGUCGAAUGCCUUCUGAGAAGACCCUAUCGUCGCUUAAGGCACUGCUAGGCGAUCGACUCUCGACUGCUUCCUCCGUUCUAGAGCAACACGGAACAGACGAGUCCUAUCAUGCCGUGGCUCCACCUGAUGCUGUCGCCUUUGUCCAAUCAACGAAAGAGGUGGUCGAAGUCGUCAAGAUCUGCGCGGCAGCCAAUACCCCCGUGAUUCCAUUCGGCGCAGGAUCUUCGCUCGAGGGCCACAUUUCCGCUGCCGAAGGCGGCGUGUCGAUCGAUCUUACGGGCAUGAACAACAUACUGGCCGUCGAGCCUGAAAACAUGAGUUGCAAAGUACAGGCGGGUGUCACCCGUGAACAGCUAAAUAUGGACCUUCGGGCUACAGGCCUUAUGUUCCCAGUGGACCCUGGUGCUAACGCCACACUGGGUGGUAUGAUCUCUACUAAUGCGUCGGGCACAACUACAGUGCGUUAUGGCAAUAUGAAGACCAGUGUAAUGUCGCUGACUGCUGUCAUGGCUGACGGACGCGUCAUCAAGACGGGGUCCAAAACUCGCAAAUCGUCUGCGGGCUACGAUCUCACGCGCUUGCUUAUUGGAUCAGAGGGAACGCUUGGCAUUGUCACGGAAGCGGAAUUGCGUCUGUUUGGUAUUCCAGAGGCUGAGAAGACGAUGAUCUGUCAAUUUGAUUCGAUCCAAAUGGCUGUCGAUACGUGUGCCAUGGUCAUGCAGAUGGGCAUUCCAGUGGCUCGAAUGGAAUUGAUGGAUGAAAAUGCUGUUGAUGCAAUUAAUGAAUACUCGAAGCUUUCAACUCCUGUGCGGCCUUCGCUACUAAUUGAGUACCACGGAUCACCUGGAGAGGUGGAGGAGCAAAGUUCCGUAGUUUUGGAUAUUGCGAAAGAUUUCGAGGCCAAAGACAUUGAGCUUGCUACAAGCUCUGAAGAACGCAAAAGGCUAUGGAGCGGCCGCCAUGCUGCGUGGUACGCAACGUUAAGUCGGAUGCCCGGAAGUCGAGGUCUAUCUACGGAUGUCGCCGUACCAUUUUCUCGUUUGACAGACAUUAUUGUUGAGACGCAGGCCGACUUAAAACAAUCUGGCCUUUUUGGUACCAUCGUCGGACACGUUGGAGAUGGCAACUUUCACGUUAUGCUACCAUUUUACCCAAACGAUACCGAGCUGAUGCAAAAGGUUCGAGAUUUUUCUGACCGUCUUGUGAAUCGUGCGAUUGAGUAUGAGGGCACUUGCACGGGCGAGCACGGAAUAGGCAAUGGUAAAAUGGAAUACUUAUUGAGGGAGCACGGCGACAGCGUUGAAGUGAUGCACUGGAUCAAGAGGGCACUUGAUCCUAACAACAUCAUGAAUCCUGGCAAAAUAUUUGAUAGUAAUCGGAAAAUCUAA